UAAUAUAAUUAGGGCUAAAACAUUUGUGACUUCCUUCCUACGCAUUUAGAGCUAAAGCAUAUUCUGUUGUUGCGGUAAAUUCUAACCUUCAUCCUCCUAAUCCUUUCAGUUGAUAUUAGGUUUCAGUUGAUAUUUUCCUUAUGGUAGCAUUUCCAGAAAUCAAUAGUAGUUUCGAUCAACAAAUUAAAACUUUCGUUAACCCUAGACAUUAAUUUAUCAUGGGCGAUAAUGUGUUUGGGUUGAUUUAUAGCUUAUUGGUUACUGUUUUACGUUUAUUACCCUGAACAAGUCAGAAAUAGUGAGAUUAGGGAAAUGAGUGUGGGGAGCAGCUUAGGAGGAGGCUUGAAGAAAGCGCUGGCUGAAGUGGCCAUCAGAGGAGUCACUGAAGCUAGAGCUAGGAUUUUCGGCCACUUUCUUAACCCAACUGGUCAAAGAUCCGCCAACAAAAUACUUCGCAAGAAGCUCAUUGGUGACAAAGUUGCAGGUUGGUAUCCUUAUGAUAUCAACAGGGACGAUCCCCGUGUGAUGGCUCAGACGGAACAAGAGCGACUGAGCAGGCUUGAAAUGUUGAAGCGUCGCCAGAAGGGGCCACCAAAGAAAGGGCAAGGGAAGCGUGCUAAAAAGAGUGGCCGAUAAAGAUGAUCUCAUUUCAUCUAAAUUUAUAUGAAACGCUAGCGAUCUAUGACUUUUUCUGCAGUGCAGCAUUCUGGUGAUCAUGUUUUAAGAUGCAAGUUGCAUAUGUUCAACCCUGCAACAUAUUUUGGUGAUUAUCAAUAAUAUUCAAUAGUUGCUUUGAUA